AUGGCGCCUCCAUCAGUCUAUGGGCCCACGGGUCUAGUCAGCCCCAGCAACUCUCCACUGCAAUCAUUCGCCAAUCCCCAGACAGCCAUCGUUGAAGAUGAUUCCACAAUACAGACCGUGGAUGAGCUCGUUCGACGGAGGGCACGAAGCCAUCCUGACAAGGUGAUCGUGUCCUACCCCUCCACGGGUAUUGAAUACGUCGACUACACCAUGCGUCAACUUGACGUCUUCGCAUACCGCGCGGCAAAGUCAUACCAGCAGUCACUUCCCGCGCGCCGGUCUUCGACAGAAAAGCCAAUGACGGUCGCAGUCAUCGGGCCGUCAAAUUUUGAGUAUCUCAUCACAAUGCUUGCGAUGACCAAGCUGGGACAUACUACACUCUUUCUGUCGACCAGGAUCUCACAGGAGGCUGUUGAGAACUUGAUAAAGACGACCGGGGCGCAGGUUCUCAUCGCGGAUCCUCGCCACGCUGCAACCGCAGAAGUCGCUCAGAAAUCGCUUCCAGGCCUGGAAAUUCUUGAACUCGUGAAUAGUUCAGCCUUUGAUUUCGAGAUUGAGGUUCACGCAGACACGCAGCUGGAUGCUCAUCUCGACCCAGCAAUCGAGACAAACAACCGUGUCUACAUUAUCCAUUCAAGCGGUUCCACGGGCUUGCCCAAGCCGAUUUAUCAGACUCACAAGUCAGCAGUUGCCAACUACGCCUGGAGCAUGGAGAUGAAGGCAUUCAUUACGUUGCCAUUAUAUCAUAACCACGGCAUCUGUAACCUGUAUCGCGCGAUCCACUGCGGCAAGCAGAUUCAUCUGUACAACGCUGAUCUUCCCCUGACCCACAACUACCUGGCUAAGAUCAUGCGAACACACCGAUUCGAGAUCUUUUACGGUGUACCAUAUGCACUGAAGCUUCUCUCCGAGACGGACGAGGGCAUGUCCCUCUUGCGGGAUCUCAAGGUUGUCAUUACCGAAGUUGGUCAAUUAAUGACCUCUUUUCGCCCCGCGGAUGACAAGGGUUGGAACUACGUGCGUGAGACGCCCAAGCUGUCUCCAUAUCUUCGAUGGAUACCUCGCGGCGAGAACCUCUACGAGUGCGUUGUGCUCGAGGGCUGGCCCUCCAAGGUAGCCUCAAACCAGGACGAUGGCUCUUACGCGACAAAGGAUCUCUUUGAACCCCACCCUACGAUCCCCAAAGCUUGGAAGUACAUUGCUCGCCGUGACGAUACCAUCAAUCUCGUCAACGGUGAAAUGUUCAACCCCGUAUCUACCGAGGGAACCAUUCGCUCCAGCAAAGAUGUGACCGAAGCAGUCAUCUUCGGUGUUGGCCGAUCGGCCUUGGGUGUGUUGAUUGUCCCAGCCGCGUCGCUCGGGGGCAAGACCGAGGAGCAAGCCUUGCAUGUCAUCUGGCCCGUGGUUGAUGCUGCAUGCCGCAACGUCGAGGCCUACGCCAAAAUCCCCAAGAGCCUCAUCAAGAUCCUACCCUAUGGCUGUGACUACCCCAGAACCGAUAAGGGCAGUGUUAUUCGCCAGGCGUUUUACAAGACCUACGCCAAGGAUAUUGACGAGACAUACGACAAGGCGGAUGCCUCUUCCGGCGAUCUUCAGAAGCUCACCCUGGAGCAACUCCGCGAAUUCGUCCGUCAGUCCGUAUUCAAGGCAUUGGGCAAAGAGACUCCCUUUGAGAAUGAUACAGACUUCUUCUCGCUCGGCUUGGACUCGCUGCAGGCCAUUCAGAUGCGGAGCGACAUCUUGAAGACCAUUGACGUGCAGGGCCACAAGCUUGGACAGACGGUGGUUUUCGACCAUCCUUCGGUGGAGAACUUGAGCGCGUACCUGUUCAGCCUUUCGAGCAACGAAACGGCCGUAAAAGAAACGUCGGUUGAAAGUGAGAUGCGCAACCUCAUCGAACGAUACUCCCAAAAGCCAGCAUUGAGUGACCGGGUCCUUUCCGCCGUCGCCGUCACUGGCGCAACAGGCUCGCUUGGAGCUCACGUCGCUGCAAAGCUUGCCCGAGACCCCACGGUCUCAACCGUGUACUGUCUUGUACGCGCCAAGUCCGAUAGCGAGGCUGCCCGGCGCGUGCAAGCGUCUCUGAUCCAAAGACGCAUCUACCACGGCCUUCGACUCGCCGAUCGCCAGAAGAUUGUCAGCCUGGCGUCGGAUCUCUCAGACGACCAGCUCGGCUUGACGACCGCGAACUACACCCAACUGACCGAGACCCUGCGGUCCGUGAUCCACUGCGCAUGGUCCGUCAACUUCAACAUGCGCCUUUCAAGCUUUGAAAAGUCCAACAUAGCCGGCGUCUCGAACCUCAUCUCUCUCUGCAAAGCGACGCCGUCAUCGGCCGCAACGUUCAACUUCUGCUCCUCUGUCAGCACUGUCGUCCGCGCGACGACCGUCCCCGUUCCGGAGUCUCUUCCGGAGCUCGAGUGGGCGCAAGGCAUGGGCUACGCCCAGUCCAAGUGCGUCGCCGAGCACCUCUGCGCCCGUGCCACCGAGCGCGGUGUCACGGCGCGGGUGCUACGCGUCGGCCAGAUCGUCGCGGAUACGAAGCACGGCGUCUGGAACGACACGGAGGCGAUCCCGCUAAUGCUGCAGGCGGCCGUCACGAUCGGGGCGCUCCCUCGGCUGAGGGAGACGCCGUCCUGGACCCCCGUCGAUGUCGUCGCCGCCGCCGUGUCUGAAAUCUCUCUCUCGGACGCCGGUGGUGUGUUCACCAACGUGACGAACCCCAGGGUGUUCGACUGGACGAAUGACUUACUGCCAGCGCUGAGGAGGGCGGGGCUCGAGUUUGAGGAGGUCGAGCCCAAGGAGUGGGUGAGGCGUCUCCGCGCGUCGAACCCUGACCCGGCGCGCAACCCGCCGAUCAAGCUCGUCGAUUUCUUCGCGUCCAAGUACGACAAGACAGAGUUCGGUCCAUCCAAGUCGUAUGUCACCAACAAGGCCUGCGAAUUGGCACCAUCGCUGGCGAGUGUAGGCGUCCUGGACCAGCAGCUUGUCGACAAUUUCGUGACGUACUUCAAGGCCAAUGCCUGGGCGCAGCCUGCCGGCAAGCCCGAGAUGAAGAAGACGGUUGUCAUCGUAGCGGGACCAUGCGGAAGCGGCAAGUCCACGCUGGCGGCAGUCUUGUCUCACAAGCUCAAGGUUCCCUUCAUCGAGGGCGACUUGCUUCACUCCCGCGCCUCGGUCGAGAAGAUGGCUGCAUCCCAAGCCCUGACAGAUGCGGACCGCUCUGCCUGGUUGGAGCGUCUCGGCAAAAGAGCCGUCGAAACCAUCUCCGAUCUCGGAUACGAUUCGGUAGUUCUGAGCUGCUCCGCUCUGCGUCGGCCUUAUCGAGAUGCUUUGAGGCAGAUCGUCGGUCAAGAUGUGCAAACCAUCUUCCUGGACCUGCAAGGCGAGCCUGAACUGCUGGCCGCUCGCACAAACGGCCGUGUGGACCAUUACAUGCCCUCGACUCUGGUGGAUAGUCAGGUUGCGGUCUAUGAGACACCUGAUGUGAACGAGGUUGACGUACUCCCUCUAGAUGCUGCACCAGCACCGGAAGAGGUGGCUUCCGAGGCAUUGUGGCUGUUGGGCCUCAAGGGUUUGGUGUUUUGA